UGGGCUCCCGUAAAUAAACCCCCCUCUGCCUACAAGACGCGCCACCGAUCUGACCUAUUAAUCACCAGUCACUUGCCUCUCCGUAGCACCAAAACUGCGUCGCGGCCCUCGCUCCCACUAUCGCAAGAAAUGGCCUUCCCUUGGCUUAAACCCCGAAACCAAAACCCUCCGCCAUCAAUCCCCGCCAAACCGAACCCCUUCCUCUUCACAAUCCAAUCUCACCUCAACGCCUUCUCGGAUGCCUCUUCUUCCCUCAAAGCCCACCUCGAUUCCGCCGUCGAAACCCUUCGAAACCGUGCGCGACGGGCCGUCCUAUCUGGCCAUCCCCACUUGCCCUCGCCGCCACCCGGACCGCCCCCACUUCCCUGGGCCCGUAUCUCCCCAGCCGGAUGCAGCGGCGUCCGGCGGUUCGACCUCGCCAUGUCGACGGAGGUCAUGGAGGAGCGGCUCGCCGGGGUGCCCGUUUACGCCCUCAGCAACGCCGCGGAGGAGUUCGUGCUCGUUUCCGGUGUUCGCACUGGGAAGAGCCUGGGACUUUUCUGCUUCAAGAAGGAGGACGCCGAGGCUCUGCUGGAGCAGAUGAGGUCCAUGAAUCGGGACAUGCGGGAAGGGUCGAAGGUGGUCGCCGUUGCCCUCAAUAAGGUUUUUCAGCUUAAGGUUGAUGGAGUUGCCUUCAGAUUUGUGCCAGAUUCAUCACAAGUUGCAAAUGCGAUAAAG